AUGACCGUUGGCUGCGGCCAACCAAACGCCAUUCCCGCCUGCACCACGCAACCCGAGUACGCAUCCUCAUUCUCCCGCUCUCUCCCUGUCCUUGGACCGCAAAUAGACGCCCUCAAGCGUCGCCUACCUUCUUUGGCAGGUUCUCGCUUCAGCUUCCAUCUGAUCUCAUGGCGGCCGGCAUGGAAGCGAAACUCGGCGGAGCCUCUUGAGUCCCUGUUGAACGGGGUCCAUUACACUCGUCGGCGCAUGUACCAAGAUACACUAUCUUUAACCUUUACUCGGCUGAGCGGCUCCAUUCAAGAUGCCACACUUUCAGCUUUCUUAUCCAAUAAGUCCGCGGUGUUUACUGAGUAUCCAAACGGGGCUACUGUCGAAUGCUAUCUAUCGGAAGGCUGCUCAUUCCCCCCCACACUCAGGUAUAGGCUCCUGUCAGACCCCGGACCUUGUCUCUUGCGCUAUCCUCUGCUACGGCCUCCGCUCUCGCACGUCAACAACCAGGUAGUCGAGGACCCAAUGCGUCAUGUUGUGAUGGAGGAUCGCGGGGAAACAUCAUCCAUCGCUUCAUGCUUGAUACAUUCCCUACGCUUACCCGCAGACACGCGCCAGUCAACUUCGGGACAUGCCUGGUAUUCAGACUUGGGGCAGCUGCUUGAGGACCCUUCACUAUGUCUUUACAAUUUUCCACACUGCAAAUGCCAUCCGUACUUUUUGUACGACUUCAGUACGCCCGGAAUCAGGCACUCGGUGACCUUCAUGCCGGCGUCCGGAGCCGCCAUCUCAGUCGGUGGGGAAUGCGAUCGAGUCCUGCUGCAUGUUGCCCCUAUUUACAACGGCCAGCCAUUGCCCGAGUUCGGUCUGCCGCCAGCUUCGGUGGAGACUAGGACCCCCCCAUCAGCCAACAUCACGCAUUAUCUCAACCCUGACCAUUGUUGGACGACCGACUCGAGGGAUGAUGACGGCAUCACCGAACCACCAAAGCCCGCAAUAUCUACUCUUCUCCAAUCCUCCGUCCGGCAGCGGAGGCAAAUGUCGAAUUCCAUUCGUUGCAACCAAUCCCGCACGGUGAGAAGGCCGCUUAUCAUCACACCGCUCAGCAAGCGCCCGGCAGUGUGUCGUAUACCUCACCACUUUGUAACCUCUCUCUACUGGUUCUUGGGAAUGGCCUCACCCGAGGUCUGUACCCCGCCUGCUGCAACUCCCCCUCUCUCCAAAGACGAGGCGAUCGACAGGUCCUUCUCUGCGACAGGACGAACCCUCAUCAGCUCGUCGGAGGGGCAGAGGGAGGACCUUGUAUUUCUUCAGUUGCCCCUCACUACGCCAUUUGGAAAAUAUCGCCCGCCACCCGAUGUACUCCGUAUACAUACACUAUUCCACCUUGCCAAGUGGGACUUUGCUUCACCCCAGCCGCCACCGCCAAACAACCACGCUGUCGGUGGUUCUCCACGUAUCUCGCCCCAAGAAUCUCUCGACUGUUUCCAGCUUCCGAAUUCCCACAAAUACCAUUCACCUUCUGGACCCGGAACGAUGAACAUCAGGGAAAAUGCCCGCCGCGGCGGUUGGGUCGGAGUCGACUCCGCGAGGUUGGGGGACAAGGACAAGGCGAGACACACUCAGCUUCCAAACAUAGAAUUAGGUCGUCCUAGUAUGACCGAUCAUCAGGGACACCAGAGAGGGCCGAUCAGGGGCUCUAGGCCGAUCUGUGCCCGUGGCCCUUCUGCCCCUCCCGUUCUGUACGCGGUGAAUAUCAGAAAGCACUUGUUUUUUUCUUCAAGUAAAGCGUCGCUCUGA